AUUUAUAACCCAAAAGCUACAACAACGCAACGCGUGACCUCGCUAAUAAAAUACCACAACCUCACCAUUAAAUUUGUGGUCUGAUGCGGUAUUGCAGACAAAAUUUGUUGUUAUAGUGUUGAAGUUUAACUGUUAAUUUGUGUAGUACAGUACACGUUAAUUAAGAAAUAUGGAGAAACCGACUAUAAACCCCCAAAUUCCGUAUUCGGGGUCAAUUUCUGGCGGCUUACAACAGGGAAAAAUGGUUCGAAUUCAAGGAGCUGCACCACAAUUCGCAGAUAGGUUUAACAUAAACCUACAAACUGGACCCAACAUUAAACCCAGAGACGACACUGCGUUGCAUAUUUCGGUUAGACUAAAACAAGGUUAUAUUGCACGUAAUUCCUACCUGGGUGGAAAUUGGGGCGAUGAACAAGGAAAAGGAAGGUUACCGAUUGGACAAGGGCAACAGUUUGAAAUAAUUAUAUUACCUGAUGCACAGGACUUUAAAAUUGCUGUCAAUGGACAACAUUUUUGUGAAUUUCCCUAUCGUAUUCCAAAAGAAAAAAUUACGCAUUUAACAGUCGAUGGAGACGUUGUAAUCACACUGAUUUCAUGGGAAGGUAUGAUGCCAUCUGCUCCUCCAGAGGGCGGUGAUGUCACUCGCAGCUCUGCUGGACAAAGUGAGAGUGGAGCAGGAACACCUCAAGGUCCAGGAACCCCUCAAGGCCCAGGCUUUGGACCUCCACAACAGGGUCCAGGAUAUGGACCACCUCCACAAGGUCCAGGAUAUGGGCCACAGGGUGCAAAUUAUGGACCACCACCACAAGGAUUUGGUCCACAAGGCUAUGGUCCACCGCCACCUCAUGGAUAUGGAGCACCACCUCCGCCAGGGAGUGAACAACAGACCGGAAUGGACCAAUUUUGGCAAUCAGCACAGUCAGUACUUGCUGAAGCAAUUGCUAGUGGUGCUGCCGAAAAAUUAUUGGGUGGGAUUUUGGGCCCUAAUCAGAACCAAGGUUUUUCUCCUCAAAAUGCACAAUAUGGCCAGUAUCCACAUUCUCAACAACAGUUUCCACAAAGGGGACAACAAGGUCAGCGCGAUUUUAACGUGCCCCAAUUUGGGGGAGAAGGUUCUGUAGGGGGUUUCGGCAGUGUAGGUUCGUUUCUUAGCAAUCUCGCGAGUCAGGUGCUCACUCCUCAGCAGCAACAGCAGCAACAACAACAACAGGGUGGACAAGGCUUCGGUCAACGUAGUCAAUUCAAUCCCUUCAAUUGAUCAUAAUAUUGGUGGUAUUCGUUUUGGGGUGCUUUUUAAUUGUGUAGUUGUUACGUUACCUUUGUUUAGUUAUGUCUAUAUGUUUUGUAUAUGAAAUUAAAUAAAAAUAUUUGUUUAUAACAACAGUUACAGAAGUCUUUGAUUGGUACUGAAGGAUAAGCUCUCUCACCUGAAGUGUGUUAAUUACAGGAUGAUUUUUUUAUCACACUAAUGCAGUGUAAUGCAAGUGAAAGUAGGAGUCGGCUUGUAACUGAUGUUAUAGACUUGUUUUAAUUUUUCUGUACUAGUCUGUGUUAAGUGCUUGCGUAAAAAUACAUGUUUUAGGUAUUUCAAUUUCAUUGAGAUGUUAAGUUAUGUUGUGGUAUUCACAGAUGGGAUUGAGUAAAAUUUUGACGCAGUUGUAUAGAUUAAAUCUUAAAGAGUGACAAAAAAAUUAGCAAAGAUAAAAUCUUUAAUAAUAAUAAUAAUAAUAAUAAAAUAAAUCUCUUAACAGGUCAAAAGCCCAAUUACUAAGAGACAAAAAAAAAGAUGUAUGCUGUAAAAGUUACAAAAUUAUGCAAUUUUGCUUAAUCCCAUAUACUUCUUAUCUGCAUGCCUAAAUACUAGACAAUUUCUGCUGCCACAUGUGAACUUGUAGCUAUUUUGCAAAAACUAAGAAGCCUAUAUGAGCAUUUAGUAAAAUUUCACUCACAAAAUUUUUACCAUCACAUACAGUGCCUGUCCUAAGUACAGCAUAUAAAAAAAUAAGCGAAACAAAUAGUUUUUUGUUUACAAAUUUAUAAAAAGUAUUUGUUUCGCGUAUGUUUACCACGAUUCAUGCUUCUGACGCACGUAGAAUAUUAGUUUCGCUUGUAGCAAGUAACAGAAGUGUGUAAGGAAGGUAUUGGUGAUCAUUUUUUAAACAAGUUUAAAGAUAUUGGCUACUUUAAUAAAUACGUAAAUCUAAUUUUUUCCUUAAAAAGUUUUGCUAUACAUUUUUUUUAUAUAAAAAAUACGUAGUUUCUAAGUCAUAUUGGUACAAAUAAUGUAUAAAUGAAUAUGGUACUUAUUCAUUUUAAAGCUGAUAAGAAUAAAGUCAUGAAUGUCAGAAAUGUGUACCAUUAUAUAAAGUAGAUUAGCAUUUGGUCUGAAUUUUAUAAAAUAACACUAAUUGUAGUGAUGCAUUUUGAACAGAAUCUGUAUUUGAAUCGUUUAAGAGUUAAAGUUCUAUUAAAUGGGAAAUGGGGUUUUUAAAAUAUAAACGAGAAUCUGUAUAUGCGUAGUGCCUUUGCUAGAGAAUAGCAAUUCAUUUACAACAAAAAUAGGUUAAUGUUAACUUUUACUAUAAUAAAAAAAAUGGUGCUUUUCUUGUUACUGAGUGAUAUAUUCUAUUAUUGCUUUAUUAUUAACCGUCCAGUGUAGAAGAUUUAUUAAUAUUUUUAUAUAUGAUUUCAAUUUUUCAGUCUAUGUUAUAAUUUAUACCAUGUAAAUUGAUUUUUAUGCUUAUUUUGAAUAAACAUAUAUUACUGGAA